GGUUGCUUUAACCAAAUCAGGGCAAGCGGACCGCCAUGCCGCUUCGCUCCGCCAACCGCCGCUUCUCGGCGGAGGCCGUGGCGGCGGAGAGCCCGUCGGCCACCGCCACCGCCUCCUCCUCCGCCCACGCCGCGGGGACGGCGCAGAGGAGGAAAGGCGGAGACACGCUGGGGAAGAGGCUGCUGAGCCUGGUGUACGCGAAGCGGAGCGCGGUGGUGACGAUUCGCAAGUGGAAGGAAGAAGGAGGCGCGAUGCGCAAGUACGAGCUCAACCGCAUCGUCCGAGAGCUUCGCAAGCUCAAGCGCUACAAGCACGCCCUCGAGAUAUGUGAAUGGAUAAGGUUACAGCAAGAUAUCAAGCUGUUAGCCGGUGACUAUUCUGUUCACCUAGACCUGAUUGCUAAAGUUCAUGGGCUUAACAGUGCAGAGAAGUUCUUCGAAGAUCUUCCAUCUCGGAUGAGAGGGGAGCAUACCUGCAAUGCUCUCCUCCACAACUAUGCCAAGAAGCAGCUGUCCAGCAAAGCUGAGACCUUAAUUGAGAAAAUGUUCGAUUGUGGUUUCUUAAAGAGCCCUCUUCCUUGUAACCACAUACUAUCUACGUAUGUGUCCAGUGCACAACUGGAGAAGGUUCUUGAAGUGAUUGAAAAGUUGAAAAGGAGCACUUCACCGUGAAAAGGAGCACUUCACCGGACAUAAUCACCUAUAUUCUGUGGUUAACUAGCUGCAAGGAGCAACAUGAUGUUGCAACAGCUGAAAGAGUUUUCCUCGAGCUAAAGAAGGCAAAAAUAUCUCCGGACUGGUUUAGCUACAGUAUUCUGACCAAUCUCUACAUAAAAAUUCGGACUGGGAACCAAGAAUCGAAGAGUCUGACUGGGAACUUUCUAGGCAAUGUGUGUUUUGAACUCUUUAUUAUUCUAGAGAUCAUAUUCUUAUUCGUGUUGAUGUUCUUGUUUCGUUGCAUCUUAAAAACAUGAGGUUUAAAAGACUGCUUCAACCUUCA